AUGAAGGAUGAUAGGUUGACUCUCAGAUAGAUGAUCAAGGACAGUAAUUCAGAAAUAAUUUCAUUAGUUACAACGUAUAAGAAGAAGAAUGAUCUAAGGUUGUUAUAAUAAGAGUUAAGAAAACUUUUGAAUAAAGUCAAAGGCAAAUAAUAAUAAUAAACUCAGAUAUAAUUUAAUACUAGAACAUCAAAAGAAAACUAAGUAAAUAUUUCUCAAUCCAAAACCUCGCGAACUCCUUCAAGAUAAACUGCAAGUAUUUAAAAAAAUAGAAAUUUUGUAAGUCCACCUAAAAGAUCUUUAAGCAGAUAAACUAAAUAGUCAAUAAUUCCUAAAUAAGAAAACUCUCCAAGAUUCAAUGAAGAUAUAAAAUAAAACAGUCCCAAUUCUCCAGAAUUUGAAUUUGUUUCUCCACAUAAAAUUGAAUAACAAAGAUAAUAAUUGGAGUAAUUUGAACAAAAACUGAAGCAAUAUACAUAGGGAGAGAACUUUUAAAAAUUAUUCGAUUAAUAAGAGUAUACAAAAAAGAGAGAUGAUAUCGUUCUGGCUAGUUUUUAAAAUUUUACAAAAGAUUAAACAUGGAUGUUUGUAGAACCUGAUAAAGAUAAGGAGAAAGAAAAAGAGAAAGAGAAAGAGAAAGAAAAAGAGAAAGAAAAAGAAAAAGAAAAAGAAAAAGAAAAAGAAGAAGACAAUAUAUAAUAAUAGAAUCAUCAUAGAAGAUAGUAUUCUUAUAUGUAAAUGCCCAAAGAUAUUGGAAUUCAUCAACAUCAUAAUACUGAAAUAAUAGAAAUUAAAUUGUCAACCUAAUCUAAAAAAGAAUAAUAAUUAGAAGGUUCAAGUCAAGAAAUGGGAACUGAUCUUUAAAGAUCUCAAGAUGUUUAAGGUAUUAGUAUUGGAAAAUACAAUUCUGAUGUAUUAAAUUCUAAAUAAGGAAAACAAGAAACACACAAUCAACAAAUAAUCAAGUAGAAGUUUGAACAUUAAAAUGAAAACAUUUAUUAAUCUUAAAUAUUAGACAAAUAUGAAGAAGAUGAAUAUGUUUAAUUUUAAAAUACUUAAAAUGAAAGAUAAUAAACAUAAUAAUUUGUAGCUACUAAUGAUGAGGACUAAUAUAAACCUGUAAUAACAGAAGAUGACAUCAUGAAAAAAUAUGCAGAUCUAUUUACUGCACCUGACUUUUUGAAAUAAUGCAGGGCUACUUGUUAAACUCAGAAAACUAUUGAAUCAUUUGCUGACAGUAGAAGCCUUAAUUUCAUUGUACCUUGUCAAAGUAUGGUGUGUCAGGAUGUUGAAACUACUAAAAAAGGAAAAUAUUGCUUAUUAUCGCAAUUAACUGCAGAAUAGAUAUUUGAUGAGAUUUUUCCUGAAUCAACUUUAUAGAAGAUAAGCAAGGCAUUUUUUAGAUUCAAGAUGGAGGUUGUGUUUUAGUAAUUGCUUCAUGAUCCUUCUUAAGAGGAAUUAGAUGAGAUGUUCUAUUAGGUGGAUGUACAAAGAGAUGGAUUUGUAGAUGUUAAUGAGAUGGGGUAAUUUUUAGAUACUGUUUGUCCUAAAUAAGAUAGAUAGAUUUAUGAGAAAAUUGAUAAAAGCAACAAGGGGUACUUUGAUGAAUAAGAAUUGUGUUAGUAGUGUAACAAAACCAUUGCUAGAUAAUACUUUUAGGAAUUGGAUCUAUUGAACACUAAUAAAAUAACAUAUUGGGAAUAUUAUUUAAAACGCACUACAAUUAUUGGUCAAUAAUUUAGAUUGAUUAAAUGUUUUAUAUAAAAUUAUUAAAUUUUUAUUAUAUCGUUAAUGUUGACUUAGAAAGAAUCAUUAGGGAAUGAGCAAGACUUCAAUUUGAAUAAAUUUCGUGAUUCUUUGUAUCUUAGAAUGUCCAGUCCCAGUACCCUAAAAGUAAGUAGCAACCGCAAAGAGGAUAGUUCUGUUAAGAAAUCCUCCAAAUCUUCUCUCUAUACUGAUAUUCAACAUAGAAAAAGUGCUCCUUCAUUUGAUGAAUUGCUUAAAUCGAUGAAUAAUGGCAAUGGGUUUACAUAAAUACAAAAUGGAUCAAAUCAAAAAAAAGGUAUAAAUGAUUCAUCUAGAAAGAUGAGUGGGUUAUAAAAUAAAAUAGGGAGUCUUGGAAACAAUGAAAUUAAUUAGCUAACCAAAUUAAUUCAACCAUUUAUUAGUAACUAGCCCCUAUAUUAAUCAACAAAGGCUUAACCAAAGAGAACCACGUUCUCAAGCACCAUCACAGAAAAACCUGUUUUUAAUAAAGGCUCUGGAAAAACUCUUUAGGAUAAAUUAUCCUUAAAAGAAUUGAUAGAACUACGAAGUAAAGUUGAUCACAGUACUUAAUCAGAAGUUCAUCAACUAUCAGCUAAUUAUGUUUAAGAGUUAGUAAAACUGUCUUAAAUUAUUACAAAGCAAGUAAAAAAUGUUAAAUAUUGAUACUAUGUAUCUGUCUACAUUAAUAUAAAAUA